AUGAUUUUGUUAGUUUCUGAUACUGCUGACGUUGUCAAUUCCGUCGAAAUUCUCAAGAGUCAUUAUGAUUAUGAUUAUGAUUUUUACUCUUUAUCGGACAUUUUUAUGAAUUUUUUAAAGAUAAUCAUAUAUAGACAAUGGAUAAACAAUUAUUAUGUUCUCUAUUUAAGAAUAGAUCAAGUCAGAAAUCAAUGGAAGCAAGAGAGGAAAUCAUAUCCAAAGGCAAAAGAGUUAGUUUUAUAUAGAUGGGAAGAUAUGAUUCGAAAUCCAAUUCAAUUAGUUAAGCAUCUAUAUUAUACAGAAUUGAAACGUUUCUACUUGACGAUUAAAAGUAGCUUGUAUUGGCGAGCUGAUGGUCAAUAUCCUACUGAUUUCUCUUUUGAGAAUCAGUACUUCAAACAUUCAGAUCUAUAUUUCAUACUCAAACAUAUUGUAAAGCUUAAUGAUGUCAAAUUCUUUGAUUAUGUGGUCGAAAUACUUUCAUUUCUUAGUUUCGACUACAUUACGAUCAAAAGAUGUCAUUUUGAUUUCGGUGAACUUUUGGCAUUGGCUGCACAGUCUAAUAGUUUAGAGAUUGUAAACUACAUUAUUAGAGCACAUAAUUAUACGAGAAGAAUAGAUCUAAGUGAUCAAGACUAUUUAUAUGCACUUUCAAGAUCGCCAUUUUCAAAGAAUUAUGAAAUAUUCUCAAAGUUAACAGAAUAUGCAAUAAUACCAGAACCAAACAAUCGAAAGUACGAGAAAAACAUCGCAAAUCAACAGAUUAUGUUAGAAUGUUUUAUGAAUUCAAUUAGAUCAGGUCAGGUUGAAUGUGUUGAAUGGUUACUUUCUCAAACAAAAUGGAAUCCAUUCACCUCUGUCAAAGAUAGUGAAACACUUUUAACAUACGCAGCAGAAUCUGGUUCAUUAGAGAUGAUGAAGUGGCUAAAAGAAUCUUUCAACUUUACAUUCUUUGAUCGAAGCUCCCUAGCUCAUAGUGUUAGGAUGAAAAGAUUGGAUAUUUUCGAAUGGAUAUGUAGAUGUGAAGUCGAAAAGUUAGGAAACGAUUCUAAAUUACUUGGUAGUAAUAUGUUUAACAGAAUUGGUUUUUAUUUGGCCUCUGUUGUUCGGUAUAGAUAUCUAGAGGGUUUAGUGUUUCUUUUUGAAAAAGGAGUUCCUCUUGGAUCCAGGAUAUGGGUGGAAGUUGCCAAAAGUGGUGAUUGGGAAACAGCUAAUUGGCUGAUUGGAAUUGAACCAAUCAAUAUUUCAUAUCCUAUUGAUUUCGCUGCAUCAAACGGUAAUUUAGAAAUGGUAAAAUGGCUGAAUCAGGUCAAACCGAAUGGUUGUGAGGAUGCAAUUGAAAAGGCAAUCUAUGGUGGCCACUUGGAAUCAUUACAGUGGUUAUAUGAAAAUAGAACGGAACGAUAUUUAAAGGCGAUCGAUGAUGCUGUCACUUACAAUAGAAUGGACAUAAUCGAAUGGUUGAAAUUGAACGAUCGAGACUUGUUUGACCAACGACCAACAAAUAAUGCUGUCAAGAUUGCGAUGAUCAACCACAAAUUCGAAAUGGUAAAAUUCGUUCAUUCCAACUAUCCGGAAUAUAUAAACGGAUUGUCGGAUGAUGAAAUGAAUGAUGCAUUGGCAAUACUGUUAAGACAUGACGAAUUGGAAUUGUUUUUGAUUUACAAAGACAAACUUGGUGACAAAGCCGAGAUAGCACAAGCCAUCAUAAGUUCCAGAUACUCUGAAGCCUAUAGAGUGGCUAUCCAUUGUUUGGAUUCUUUAGAUGCAAGUGAAAUGCCACCAGAAUUUCUUUGGAGAAAAGCCAUCCAAAAUAGCGAUCUGCAUACAAUUAACAAGUUGUUGGCCCAUAAACUAAGUCCACAGUUAUCUGUUUACUUGAUCCGUUAUAUCAGCGAUAUCAAAGUAUUGGAGUGUAUCAUCGAAAACUAUUAUUCAAUAUUUUGUACAAUGAUAGCUUUUCCCGGUGAAAUUCUCUUUAGACUCUUUGAAGGUAGACAAUAUCACAUGGUUGUUCAUUAUUUACAGAGACCCAGAUAUGAUUCCUAUGUCAGUGAAACACAUUUUGGCGGGAAAUAUAAAUUGGGCAAACAUCAUCUUCCAAUAUUCGAACUAUAUGAUACCCAUAGAACAAGAGCAAUUACCCGCCUAAAAGAAGCUGCAUUUAUGAACGACCAAAUUUAA